AUGACAUCAGUCACGCUACCUUCAAGUUCUGGUACUCUGAACGGAGGUUAUUCUUCGCCGGUGACGGGAGAAAUAUCAAACAGCAAAGCAGAUUUUGACACCCCUCGUUCAAACAAGCGAUCCCUCAGUAUAACAUCCAGCGAGUCGUGCAAAAAACGUCGGAAACAAUCCACUCCGAUCAGAAUCUCGACCACCGAGUCUGAAAGUUCCUCUUGUAAUUCCCAGGAAGGUAAGCCUUCUCCAGUAGAACCUAACUUUCCGUGUCCAAUUUGUCAAGUAUCGUUUCCACAACAAGAAUUGCUGCAGAACCACAUGAUUUGCGAUCACCCCGUUGACUGCAAGAAGGAACCAGAGGAGCAGCACCAUGUCGCUCAAAAUUCCGUUUCUUUCGUAGAACAAACCGAUGCAUCGAUGGGUUUGUCAAUGAUGAGAACAGAUAUGCCAUGGGUCGAUGAAAUGCAAGGCAAGGAGUGGAUGAGUUCAAAUUUAGCCAAUAUGCCUUUCAACCCAGCCAACCCCUUGUUCAUGACAUUGCCACAGUUCUCACAGCCAGAGAACAUACCCAUAAAACCCAUCCGAAUAUUCAAUCCAGAUGCUUACUGUGAUCUAUGCAACAAAGAAUUCUGCAACAAAUAUUUCCUGAAGACGCAUAAGGCUAACAAACAUGGCAUCUAUAUGGACAAUUCUUCUUCAGAGUCAUUCCAAACCUCGGUGACGUUCCCAUCUGUCACAAGUAAUAUCAAGCUAACUAAUCCCGUGCCAAGUGUAGAGUCAUCAACGAUAAAAAAUGAAGCCAUUGCUUCAGUAACCAACCCGUUCCAUACUUUAUUUUCUAACCCUUUCUCGAACCAAGCGAAUUUAUCAGAGGGUGAGCUUAAUGAAAAUGUCGCCAUCUCAAAUGGACGGUCAUCUUCGAGCGAAAGCGAUAAAAUAUUUCCAGAUGAUCAACCUGCCAGAGAAAAUCGUAGUCCUAGUAUUACACAAACCGAAUCUACCUCAGUCAAAAAUGAACCAGACAUAAUGUUUCAAGAUACAUCCAGCAAACUACCGUCAGAUCAAGCUAGCCGUGAAUUAGAUUUGUCAUAUCGUCUGAGAAAAAUUGGUGUUAUGAAUCCUAAAGCUUUUUGCGAAAUAUGUUGCAAAGAAUACUGCAACAAGUAUUUUUUAAGAACACACAAACUGAAACGUCAUGGAAUAUAUAUACCUGAUGAAAGGGAAAAGUCCGAAAACUGCACCAUCAACUUCUCUUCGUCCACCAACGUUCAAACGAGUCCAUUGAAUCUUAUAAUGACUGAACAGACAAGUUCAGACAGCAAAACUACCUCUCCUAGUAAUAUUACUUGUGAUAUUUGUUGUAUAAAAUUCCAAAAUGCGAGUCUAGCUCACAUACACAGUGUCACUGUCCACGGUAAAGUGUUCACUAAAGAGACAGAAGAAACAACUGCACAAGAACCAAGAAAACUACCAGAAAUGUUCAAAACUACCGAUAAAUCUCUAAACGCAGAAGCUAUUAGUGAAGAUUUACAGAAAUUACAAACCAUGAUUCUCCAACUGAAUGAACUGGACCCUAGUAGAGUGGCUCUAGCUUGCACGAUGUGCAACAAGGAGUUCGACAAUCGAUUUUACCUGCAUGCUCAUAUGAUGUCGGAGCAUGGUAUACUGAUAGAUGAACCGGAAGUUGAAAAAUCCAGUGAUACCGAAAAUAUUUCGAAUAAUAACACAAUGUGUGACAUUUGUGGUAAAGAGGUUCAGAAUGCUGAUGAAAUGUCUAAACACAUACAAAAAUUCCACACUAAUAACCAACCAAUGAAUGAAACUUCGAGAGAUGACUAUACCGGAUAUAAUAGCGGUGAAAAACUGCCGAAUAGAAUAUCAGUAUCUAGUGGUGUCAUGCCGGAGAGGAGAAUUUCGAUGAAUGUCACACCAACAAGCAGCUACUGCGAAAUAUGCAACAAAGAAUUGUGCAACAAAUAUUUCAUGAAAACGCACAUGCAAAGAAUGCACGGUAUCGAGAUUGAAAACGGAGCUCAAAUAGGUGGCGUGGUCUGCGACAUAUGUAACAAGGAGUUAUGCAGCAAAUACUUUUUACGAGUACACAAACAUAACACACACGGCAUAAUAGAGUAUGGAACCAAUUUGCUGCCUCCUCGUAAGUCUGAGGGAGAAAUUACAACUUUGACACCAACCUCAGCACCCUUAGAAACAGACCCCGCACUCAAACCAGGCGACUUAGCAGAUCUGAGUCACAGAUACUUCACUCACUUUACCGAAGUAUGCACAAUUUGUAGCAGGAGGUUCCGAAGCACGAAAUGGUUGAAAGCUCAUUUAGUCACAGAUCAUGGUCAAGCUGGAACUGAGAAGUGGGCCGAGAUUGAGCACCAGCUUCAGCAAAAUCGCGGAGCCAAGCCAGCCACUUCGAUCAGUGUUGAAGGAACAAGUCCAAACUUGAAGAUUCCAAAUGGAGGUCACGACCAACAGCAGAAAACAGGAAUACAGAAUUUUAUAUCCAGUCUAUUCGGAAUUGACGAGAGUAAUUCCAAGAUGUACCAGUGUUCCUUUUGUCCUUUUACAUCACCUUUACUGCCUCUCUUAUUUGUUCAUGAGAGGUCGCAUUCCUUGAAUUUAGAAGGAAUCCCGAUGAAAUGUCCUGUGUGUCCUCAAAGUUUCACUGAACGGGAACUUUUACAACGCCACAUAUUAGCCCAGCACCCGUUCUUGUUGCCCUCUACAAUCAAAGAGGAAGAUACUGACCAAAAAGAAGUUAAAGAGAGCGGUGAAGAGGCAGAAUCUUAUAGCGAUAUGACCAAGCCAGAGCAAACGAUGUCUCCCACGACUAGACAGCAAGAUUUAAUCAAGAACCAGCGGCAGACAACUUCGCCGAUAAUCCUGAAACCAGUAGAAUUGUCCUCUGAGAUGGGAAAAUCGUUGAAUGAUGCGGCUAAGAAGAUGCAAUGGCCAGCGACAUAUGCCAUUCCACAGAAUUCAGACCAGGAUCCAGAGGACGUAGGGUUCUCUUCAAGACCCGGGUACGUAAUGCAGGCUUUUUUAUUGGAAGAAUCGACUUCCGAGCGUCGGGUUUUGCCCUCGGUUGUUUUUUUACCUAUGCUACAGAAACAGCCGGCUCCUAUAAGCGUUACUUUUACACUGACCCCGGCCUAA